AAUUAUUUCUUUCAGUAUUACAAGAAAGCUGUGCAACUCGACUUAUUAUCUAACUUCAAAAAAAACCGCAUCGAAUCGCUGAUUUUCCCUACCCAACAUCAUGGUCUCAAACACGAAAAAAUAGUUUAUAAGAGACCGAUUUUUGUAAUUACUUCUUUGUAGUAAAAGAAGAACUAGAAGAACAAUAUCGGUACUAAGUGGAGUUUUUUACACUUAUUUUGGUCAAUUUUUGACCUCAAAGUGAUUUUUGGAUAUUCGGCUUUAUUUAAACAACUGUUAAUUACGCGAUAAAUUUCCUACACCAGGACUGGAAAUUCGCUAUGCUGAAGUAUUUCACUUGCGUCACGUUAUUGGCGAUUGGUGCUUUCGGCACUCCCAUCAAAGAUGAAUUGAUGUUCGAAGGACCAGGAGACACAGCAACUGUAGAAAGUACAGUAAGAGAAGCCAGAGCAGCUCCAAACCAUAUUGGAGAUUUACUACAGCCAGGUGUUAAAGACGCUUUCCUAUACGUGUAUGGUGAUGCAGAAAAUGACGAUGGAGAUGUGCAUGGUUAUUCCAAGCGAAUGAAUGACAAAGGACAGGACGGUUAUAAGCAUCUCGACAGCUUCCACAAAAGGGACGGUGACAAAUAUGGCUAUGAAAAGCAUUCAGAGUAUGGACAGGAACACAAGUCAAAGAUAGACAAUGAAAAUGAGAAGGGUAUCAAACAAGCCCAGAAAGAAGCUGGUGGAGGAGAUGGAAAUGGUGAGGAGUCUAAAAGCUUUUACUCAAUCUUUGGCGAAUCUGAUAAAGACGAUAAGAAACAGGCCAAAAAGAAUGUAGAAGCAGAAUUCAACUACUAUGGUGGAAACGGAGACAGUGGAAGCAGCUCCUACGGUGGAAGCUCUGAAAAAGCUGAGAAGGAUGGAGAAGGUUCAGAAUCAUCGAUAGGUGAUGAUGGUGAAGGAGAAUCAUAUGAAGAAUCGGAGGAAAGUGGAGAGGGAGGCGAAGAAGGCAACGACGAGGAAGAAUAUUAAAUCUUAAGCUAUAAAACAUUAUGAAACCAAAUAUGCUCUACAAUCUUUAGUGUUCAGCUUCCUUCAUUUAUCUCCAGCUAGUUUUUAGCCCACUGUAUUCCUACUACCUACCUGAAAGUAAUUAUAAUUUUCUUAGCCUCUGUACUUUCCAUUACUGAAACUUUAUGUUUACUAUUUCUCUCUGAUCUCUAUUUAUUUCUACUUCUCAUCUAUGCCUGGAAAUUAAUGAUAGUCUUUUAGAAGUACCUGGUGCCUUAACUUAUUUAUUUAUUUACAUCUUUUUUCAUUUUUCUAUGAUAUGUUCCAGUUGUUGUUACCUUUCGAUAUCUAUUUGCUAAUUUUCCACUUUUUAUACUCUUGUUAUAUACAACUUGUUAAACGGUAAUAUAGGGUGGUUUACAACACA